GACUCAACAGCGUUGUAGGUUAGUUGUCCACACGGCGCUUCUCAGGAGGUUGGUAAACAUCCCCAGUGCCCAGUGGAGGAGGAGGAUAACAGUGGGCUUCAGGAAGGCUCCAGUUGCUCCGAAGGACGGUAGGAAAGCAGUGCAAAGAGGUGCCAUAUAGGAUAUAUAUAUAAGGCAGGCUGUCGUAUUCCCAGUGAAGUUAUUUGACGAGUCUGGACGUGCAGGAUUAAUAGGAUUCUGAUAUUGACUGAGAGGACUAGCGGCUCAUCAUGUGCGAUGACGAUUUGGCAUCCGUCGUGUGCGACAACGGGUCUGGGUUAUGUAAAGCGGGAUUUGCAGGGGACGACGCCCCUCGCUCCGUCUUCCCCUCCCUUGUGGGUCGUCCUCGUCACCAGGGUGUGAUGGUCGGUAUGGGUCAGAAGGACGCCUACGUCGGCGACGAGGCUCAGACCAAACGAGGUAUCCUCACCCUGAAGUACCCCAUCGAGCACGGCAUCAUCACCAACUGGGACGACAUGGAAAAGAUCUGGCACCACGCCUUCUACAACGAGCUCCGAGUCGCCCCUGAGGAAUCCUCGGUUCUCUUGACAGAGGCUCCGAUGAACCCGAAGGUCAAUCGGGAAAAGAUGACCCAGAUCAUGUUCGAAACAUUCGGCUGUCCGGCUAUGUACGUUGCCAUCCAAGCUGUUCUCUCCCUCUACGCCUCAGGCCGAACAACUGGAAUCGUGCUGGAUUCGGGAGAUGGCGUGUCUCACACAGUUCCUAUCUACGAAGGGUAUUGUCUGACACAGGCAAUCCAGCGUUUGGACCUGGCUGGUCGCGACCUGACGGAUUACCUCAUGAAGAUCUUGAAGGAAAGAGGCUACUCCUUCACGACGUCGGCAGAACGAGAAAUAGUGAGAGACAUCAAAGAAAAACUUUGUUACGUGGCCCUAGAGUUCGAACACGAAAUGGCCCAGGCCGCUUCGUCAGCCUCACUCGAGAAGUCCUACGAACUGCCUGAUGGCCAGGCCAUUACUAUUGGAAAUGAGAGGUUCCGCGCUCCAGAAUCUUUGUUCCAUCCAUCUUACUUGGGUCUGGAAUUGCCAGGCAUCCAUGAGACUGUCUACAAGACAAUCAUGAGGUGCGACAUCGACAUCAGGAAAGACCUCUUCGCCAACACCGUCAUGUCAGGAGGUACCACCAUGUACCCGGGCAUUGCUGACAGGAUGCAGAAGGAAAUUACAACCUUGGCCCCAUCGACAAUCAAAAUCAAGAUCAUUGCUCCUCCAGAGAGAAAGUACUCCGUUUGGAUUGGUGGUUCCAUUCUCGGUUCGCUGUCUACUUUCCAGGCCAUGUGGGUCACUAAAGAGGAAUAUGACGAAUCUGGGCCCGGCAUUGUUCACAGGAAAUGCUUCUAGUUAUUCUGCUGUGAUAUAGUCUGUAAUUCCGUUAGACUACUGAUCAUUAAUUUUCUUUCCUUUAUAAACACUAUAUGCAAAAGAAUACAUCCGAAAAUCUCACUGGAGCUUACAUGGAGACUUCACUAAACCAUGAUAUAUUAAAUGACACAAUGUUUAAUUAUUUGCAAAUCCAUUGCAAGCAAAUUGCAAUAUUGGAUUUUGGCAUUCUUAUUGGUCAAUAGGGCUCAAUGGACUUCAUUUUAUCCAAAGGGCAUUUUCGUAAGUUUAAUGCGUUUGGAUCGUUUACUGGGCGUUUGCGUCUUUAAAAAGGUACUGCACAGUUCCUCUGCCUUAACUGAAUAAUGAUCUGUUUUAAACACAUACCCGAGAAUCUAAUAACCUUUUACCUUAUUUGGUAUCGCAUUGGUAUCUUAUUUCGCGAUUUAACUAAGGUAAAUAAUGGAAUUUCAAACAACAAAACUACCCAUACUUGGAAUGAUAUAGAAACAAUCUCAAAACAAAUGGAAAAUCAUGAAAUCUAGAAAACAUUGAAAUGUCAUUACAACGUUUAUUAUCCUCCACAUUGUUCCCAUAAUAAUAGUUAUAUGAAUGAGUAGGAUAGACAUUAUAUCAGUUACGCUGAAAACUAUAUAUACUAUUUAUUUGUUGUUGUUUACACUGAAGAGUUUCGUCUGUAUUAUUGUUCUUACUAUCUAGGGUCAUAACAUCAACAAAACAUAAAGUAAUACAAAUACUGAUAACUAUUAAUGGUUAGUAUACAUUCUCUAGAAAUAAAAUACUGAUUUCUGUGACGUGUGUGGUGGAUUGUUGCCAAUGGAUGUAUCAGUACACAGUCUAAUUUGAACCGAAUAAAUAUAUUUUACUA